AUGACGCUUUUUCACUUUUUCAACUGUGCGAUUCUCACAUUCGGUCCCCACGCCGUCUAUUACUCCGCUACUCCAUUAUCUGAAUAUGACACUCUUAGAACCUCCGUGAAGGCUGGUGUUGUUUACCUUGCUACAGCAUUGGUUAAGCUUGUUUGUUUGGCAACUUUCCUGCAAGUAUCUGAGACUGAAGUAUUUGACCCAUAUCAGGAAGCACUGAAAGCAAUGAUUGGCUUCAUAGAUGUUGCUGGACUUUACUAUGCUCUAGCUCAGCUGACACACAGGAACAUCUCCCAAAAUCAUAAGUUUCAAGCUGUUGGCCUCGGAUGGGCAUUUGCGGAUUCUGUUCUGCACAGGUUAGCACCUCUUUGGGUUGGUGCUCGUGGACUAGAGUUUACUUGGGAUUACGUCUUGCAAGGGCUUGAAGCCAAUGCAAAUCUGGUGUUCACGAUAUCUUUGGCCGCGCUAGGUUCGUUGAUGUGGCUACGCAAGAACAAACCCAAGACUCUGAUCCCAAUCAUAUACACGUGUGCAGUGAUCAUCGCUACAAUGCCUUCAAUCACAAGCUAUCUAAGGAAAGUGAUGGGAUGGCAUUUCCCGAAAGUUGUUGGGUUUGAGCUGCUGACUUCUCUGGUAAUGGCUUUCAUCAGCUGUCAACUCUUCAUCCUUUGUCAGCGACCAUCUUUGUGA